AUGCUAGCCGGCCAGCCACCGUUCGACGGUGAAGAUGAAGACGAGUUAUUCACCGCAAUAACGGAGCAUAGCGUUUCGUAUCCGAAAUCUAUGUCGAAAGAAGCAGUAUCCAUUUGCAAAGCGCUGCUGCAGAAAAGUCCUCAGAAGCGGUUAGGUUGCUCGCAAACGCCCACCAGAGAUAUUAAGGAGCAUCCGUUCUUCCGGCGAAUCGACUGGUAUAAAAUAGAAAAGCGACAAGUGCAGCCACCUUUUAAACCAAAAUUGAGAAGGCCGGAUUCGACUGAAAAUUUCGACCUACAGUUCAGGAAGCUAUCUAUCAGUUUAAGCCCUUGUGAUGUGGGCGUUUUAUUGAACUUGAAAGGCGAUGAAUUCAGGAAUUUUAAUUUUGUCAAUCCGUAUUGGCCAGAUAAUUUGAAAGCAAGAGAAUCAUCGGUGUAG